ACACUUGGCGACACUGUAUGCUCCAUAUCUUCGAACGAUAGUAGCUAGAGCGCUAGCAGAAACCCAGAGUCGUGGGGCCCUAUCAAAGCCCCAAUGGAUAGGGGCUGAUGCAGGCUGAUGCUAUAUCUGUGCUGCUGCGCUUCUAUACUGUCUCUGUGGUCCAUACUCAUUGGAUUUAUUGACUUAUUCGAUCUGGCUGUGUUAGUCUCAUCGCGGACCUUCACUUGGGCCUGAAUGCAGCCAUAUAACUCCUUGUCACUCGUUCUCUACUGAUAUAAUUUGCUUCAUCUCCAUUAGAGAUCCAUUGAUACAGUCGUCAUUCUUCCUCUUUCUCUCCCCAAUAUACAGUAUGCUCGAGCAAUACCCGCCCCCCGGCACAUCCUGCUCGGACCUGACAACAUAUCAUCAUGAGCUGAAAACGUCCAAAUACUCUAGCUCUAACCAUGUGUCUCUUCGGGACCGUUUGCGUCAUUUCACCUGGGCCUGGUACACUUUGACGAUGAGCACCGGCGGCCUGGCCCUCUUGCUUGUCAGCCAACCCUACUCCUUCCCCGGAUUGAAAGAGAUUGGACUUGCAGUCUAUAUCAUCAACCUGGCUUUCUUUGCGCUGCUGGGCAGCCUCAUGGCCACUCGUUUCAUCUUCCACGGCAACUUUCUUGACUCGCUCCGGCAUGACCGGGAGGGUCUUUUCUUUCCCACUUUCUGGCUUUCCAUCGCAACUAUAAUCACUGGUCUCUACCGCUACUUCGGCGACACUACACAGCCUGCAUUCAUCUAUGCCCUCGAGGUCCUCUUCUGGCUCUAUUGUGCCUUCACACUGACCACAGCCGUCGUCCAAUAUUCCUUCGUUUUCACAGCCCAUCAUUAUCCUCUUCAGACAAUGAUGCCCUCGUGGAUCCUCCCCGCUUUCCCUAUUAUGCUCAGCGGCACCAUCGCCUCGGUGAUCGCUGAACAGCAACCCCCGCGCGCUGCUAUUCCUAUGAUCGUGGCAGGCACUACCUUCCAAGGCCUUGGCUUUUCCAUCAGUUUUCUCAUGUACGCGCACUACAUCGGACGGCUCAUGGAGACAGGCCUUCCGUCCCGGGAACACAGACCAGGGAUGUUCAUCUGCGUUGGGCCCCCGGCAUUCACAGCGCUUGCCCUAAUCGGCAUGACCAACGGUCUCCCUAAGGAUUUAGAAGUCCUUCAGAACCAGCACCCCUUCCAAGACGCACAUAUACUUCAGCUCCUUGCCAUCGCGACGGGCGCCUUUCUGUGGGCCCUCAGCCUCUGGUUUUUCAGCAUUGCCGUCAUCGCCACGAUCCGCCUUCCACCUACAGCUUUCCACCUCAACUGGUGGGCCAUGGUUUUCCCGAACACAGGCUUUACGCUAGCGACCAUCACCCUGGGCAAAUCUUUUGAUAGUCCCGGCGUCAAGGGUGUCGGGUCCGCCAUGUCCAUCUGCAUUGUAGGCAUGUGGCUCUUCGUGUUCGUAAGCAAUAUCCGUGCCGUCGUAAAGCGAGAGAUUGUCUUUCCCGGCAAGGACGAAGAUGUGUCCGAGUGAACAACCAUUUUUCCUCCACUUCUCGAUUUCAUAGAAUUUGUCACUUUCUUUCUCACGCUUCCCUUUUUAAGGGCGAGCCUCUCAUCUACGUGAUCCAUACGCUGGAUAGAAGCCCUUUUGCGUCUCAUCUACUUGAGCAGUCAUUUAGCUAUCUUACUUCUUGAGCAUCUCGGGCGUUGGAUGUUGCUCCAAAUUCCUCGGUGCAUUUUCAGUUAUUGUGUGAUUAGCCGGGUUCCUACAUAUAUUAGACUUGUUGAGCGUUGUAAAUGACAUUGUCACAUAAUGAUACAAGAGCUUAAAGCCGAUCCCAC